UAGAAGAGCUGAAAAUGGCGGACGUCGUGGUGGAUCCACUCUCUGUGAAAGAUUUUAGUCGUGUUAUUUUAACACUUGAUAAUGUUUUAAUACCGGCAGAUAAGUUGUCUACCACACCGUCCAUGCAAGAUGGGUUAGAUUUGGACACAGAAAUAGAUCUUCGUUUUCUUGGAUGUGAAUUAAUCCAAACGGCAGGAAUUUUGUUAAAACUUCCUCAGGUGGCUAUGGCGACAGGACAAGUCAUAUUUCAGAGAUUUUACUACUCCAAAUCCUUUGUUAAACAUAACAUGGAGGUUGUUGCUAUGGCAUGCACCAAUUUAGCCUCAAAGAUAGAAGAAUGUCCCAGAAGAAUACGGGAUGUUGUAAAUGUGUUUCAUCACGUAAAGCAAGUUCGGAGUGGAAGGACAAUUCACCCUCUUGUAUUAGAUGCUAACUAUGUUAUUUUAAAAAAUCAAGUGAUUAAGGGAGAAAGAAGAAUUCUCAAAGAACUUGGUUUUUGUGUCCACGUUAAACAUCCACAUAAGAUUAUUGUAAUGUUUUUACAAGUGUUAGAGUGUCAAGAGGAUGAGAGAUUAGUACAAUGUGCCUGGAACUAUAUGAAUGACAGUUUUCGAACUGAUGUUUUUGUAAGAUAUCAACCAGAAACCAUAGCAUGUGCCUGUAUUUAUCUGGCUGCUAGACAACUUAAGAUAAACUUACCAACAAAUCCUGAAUGGUUUGGACUAUUUCAAGUUGAAGAAGAUGAUAUUCAAGAAAUUUGUUUGACAUUACUAUAUCUUUAUUCUAGAAAAAAGGUAUGCUUUUAUAAUUUGUUUGAUUAA